GGAUUGAUUGCCUAGAGCUCUUUGAAGUAAAGUAGAUUUUGAUAGAUAGAACCCAAACUUCAGUUGUUCUUUGAUCACACAGCUUGAAAGAUUUAACCACGACGGUGAGAAUUGACUUUGAUGUCCAGGUAUUGACUCACACGCGGUUCAAGCCAUAGCACUAUUACACCCCCACUAACUCCUUGGGCGUUUCGUGCAUUCAAAUGACGGAUUCUCAGUUCCGUCCCAAGCGGCGAUAAAUUUUCCUUUGUUGAAUGUUUAGGUUGGUGGACCUUAAUGUCUUCAGGAUUCCACACCCUUUGACCCCAAGAACGAUCGGUUUUUUUUUACUGCGUGAAAAUCGAUGCCGGAAUUUUUGGGGUUGGAAGCUGAUACCAAAGCGGCGGUGUCUGUUUGAUUGUGAUGUCGCCACCUUGUGCCAGACCUUAGCCAUGUGCACCCGUGUGAUAGCGGCCAACAAACGUACACAUCAUGCUUACGUUGCUGUCAGUGGUAGUCUCAAGACGGUGGCUCCCGUAAGGAAUGAUCUUUGAGGAGGUGUUGAUAGGAAUUUGCAAGGAUAUGCGCAAGGAGGUGAUUUCGACCUUGAAGGACAGAUGACUUGAUGCUGAAGAUGUCUGGAGGUUCAGGAGGACUGUUGUCGGGGCGUUACCACGGCGCCUCGCUGCAGCUGACCCCUGCUGAGGAGGAACAGCUGGCCCUGGAGCAGGGAUGGAGACAGACCCAACAACUCCUGGUCUGUGUCUUCACCUGUUGUGUCGUCGUGGCUGCCUGGCUGCUGGGGAGCAUGGGAGUUUCCGUGGCAUGGCUGGGAGGACUGUGUCUGCUGUUGCUUCUGGUGUGGAGGGGGAAGGUUCAGCAGAUCGUAGAGGAGGCGGUGAGAGAGGAAGAACUGCGUGUACACAGGAAGAGGGCGCUGAGGCAAAGCGAGACAGCGGAAUGGCUGAACUUCAUCUUAAACAGAUGGUGGGUGUUCAGUGCCCCAUCCAUCUUUGCUAAGCUGAAGCUCCAUCUGGACCCCAUGCUCAACGAGAUGAAGCCAGGAUUCCUUGACAGCAUUGAGUUGACCUGUUUCACCCUGGGGGACCAGACACCGCACUUCCACCUGGUCAAGGCGUACGAGUACUCGGACAUGAUGACCAACCCUCGGGUCGCGACCCCAGAGAACAUCACCAGCCCCCCGCUGGACAUGGCCAAAGUGAGCGACUACCAGCUGGUUCUGGAGGCCGAUGUGGGGCUCUGCUGCUCCGAUUUCAAGAUGAUCUACACCGCAAGAUUGGGGGGCAAAAUGAUGGGAGCCAACAUCGAUAUAGCAGUGGAGAAGCUGAACAUCUCCGGGAAGAUGCAGUUUGUGCUACACAUGGACAAUGUGACCAAGUUUCCUCACAUUGCAAGAGCAACCAUCUGCUUCAUAGAGAAACCAGAGGUGUGGUUCUCCAUCCGUAUGAUGAAGGCAGUGAAGCUGAUGGAUGUUCCAGUGCUGAAGACAUGGCUGCACUCACUACUCAUGGACGGACUCAUCACCUCAUUAGUGGACCCGGGUAAGAUGGAAAUCAAGUUGGCAUCUCCAGAUUCUGACCAAGAGUUCAGGCCAGAGCUAUCACGGAGAGAUUCCAAAGAACAUACAUUUCCAUAUCAUGAUAUCAGUCUGGCAGAAAACCAAGCCAAGGGUGUUCUUGCGGUCACCUUGAGCAGUGUUCCUCCCAAGCUGAAUGAGUUUGCUCAAGUGUUUAUGGAGGAGACCAGGUGGUGUGUGUUGAAGCUGGGUGAGCAGAAGGAGGUGACUCAGCAGACCUUAGCAACAGCCAGGUGGCAGGACACCUGCGCAUUCCUCAUUGAUGACCUUGAGAAGGACAAGCUGUCUAUCAAGAUGAAGGGGCGGGGCAUGCUGGCAACACACACCCUGGCUCAGUAUGACCUCUCCCUAGCUAGCUAUGGACUGGAAGAAAGCCAUAAAGUGGAAGAGGUGUUGCAGAAGAGAGGUGUGAAUUCCCAACUGUUCCUACACAUGGAGUACACCCCCCUACCACCCAUCAAUCUCACCAACACAAGUGGGCUGGAUGGAUUGACCGAGGGUGGCACUUCUCUCAAGGAGGAACCAGAUCAAGUGGCUGGAGUGUUGUACGUGCACAUCCACAGUGGGAUGGACCUGGUCUCCAUGGAUAGGAACGGUUUAUCAGAUCCCUACUGUAUCGUCUUCUGCAACAAGAGAAAGGUCAAGACCACACAUUACGUCUGCAGCACACUGAAUCCCAGCUGGGAGUCAAGUGUGGAGUUUUUUGUAGCAAACUACACAGAGAUCACGUUGUCCUUCCUGGUAUAUGACUGGGACGGAAGGAAGUUCUGCAAUGACGACUUCUUGGGAUCGUGCAGCCUAUCUCUGGCCCAGGCCCCAUCCUGCACCCUGAGGAAGGUGAUGCCCCUGGGGUACGGGGUGGGGGACAGGGUGGCGGAUAUGGGCUCCAUCACUGUGUCUGUGGUCUUCAGGCCGGUGGGAUCUGUCGCAAAGUGUGUCGACCGUCUGACACAGCGAGAGAGUGAGUCAGACAUAGAGAAUGCUGGCAGCUUUAACAAACAGAAAAGACGAUUCAUGGCAUCCAUGCUACCUUGCCAAGCUGGGAGUAAGCUUGAAACCAAGAAGUCAAAGUUUAAGCAACCAGAUGCACUCUCAGGGGUAAGUCAAGGCCAUGGACUGAUGGAAUUGAACAUUCUGAAGGGGAAAGACUUGGAGGCCAAAGACAUGAAUGGUCUGAGUGAUCCGUUCUGUGAAGUCAGGAUCAAGAACGACCUUCUCUUCAAGUCAACGGUGAUCAAGAAGAGUCUGAACCCAGUUUGGGACGAGUCUGUCACCAUCAACAUGCCUGCACAGAACGAGACACUGGACAUUACGGUGUGGGACAGAGAUCCAUUCUUUAUGAAGGAGUUCAUGGGCUCCAUGUCAUUCACUCAGGAGGACAUCCAGAGACUUUCUAAGGAGGGCCCUACAUGGUUUGAACUACAGAGAAUAAAGCAGGGCUCUAUUCAACUCAUGUUUAAGGUCAUCUACAACCCUGAGCAGGCCACACUAGAGGUGGAAGCCAUGAGCAGUGAGGGACUGGACAUGGUCCCAGGGGAGUUGGUAGAGGAGGAUGAGGAAGUGUUUGAGGAGAACAGUGACAGCAGACGCUCCAGCCAGAGCUCCACUGUCCACCAAACAGCCAAAUCUCCCAUCAAGGAGGGACCAUGCCAGCUGGAAUCUGUUGCAGAGUCCUCCCAGUCAGAGUCUGAAGCUCCACCUGAGAGGCCCAGAGUGGAGAGGUUCUCGUCCCUGACAGGGAUGUUCAGGAAAAAGAGCCUUCCUCGCAUGAACGUCCUGAACACGACAGACGGGCCGACACCCAACAAGAAGUUUCCUGGGUUCCGCUUGAGAAAAAGGAGUAAGAGUUUCCAGAACCUAGUUGUGGAUACAAAGCACAUGCCCAGCAUUCUGACAAAGACUGAUAAAAAGGGGGAAAGAAAGACUGUAACAUUGAAAGAAAUCUCAGAACUGAGCUCUCACAUGUACAUUAAUCCACGACCACCUCUCCAUCUGUCCUCUUCCUUUGUGAAUGUCUCCAGGGAAACCACCAGUGCCAAUGGAACAGCCAGCCCCAUCCCACCAGUGUGGAGGUACUACAACGUGAACGGUGCAGUGCUCAGGGCAAGGGGACUCAGGGGAGACAUGCUGAAAAAAGAGCUGUACUGUAGGCUACACUUUGUAAGUUUUAAUGCCAAAGGGCGGAGCUUCAAGGCACAGCAGAUCUGCAAAACAGAAAAAGUCAAGGCUUCCCCUGCUCCGUACUUUGAUGUCACAUUUCAGGUGCCGGCAGAUCUGACAGGUGCAGUGAACGGCAGCUGUAUUCUACAGAUGGACGUCAAGAACAUCGACAAACAGGUGGUGACCAGGGGGUCUGCAUCUAUCCAUGAGAUCCUUGGAGACUCUAGAGAUGUCCGCAAGUGGCUGAAAAUGGACGAUGAUGCAGAGGUAGAGAUCCAGCUGUACAGCAGUCACCACACCAGUACCGCCGACCCCCCGGAGGUACGACCAUCCACGCCCACCCGCUCCCUCAGCAGUCCCAGCAUGCAAAGGCUCAGCAUCUCUGGACAGUCACCAGACCUACUAGCAGUGCCCCCUAGCGGUAGUACAGUGCCAAACAGCCCAGCCAAGCCUACAAGCUGAAACUCUACAGGGAGACCUGUAUAUUAGUCUCUGCCAGACUGACUACGCUGGCUAUUAUAGGGAGAAAAAUUUACCAGGGAAGUUUUGCUACCAGAGGAGCUGGUCGGCCAUGCAGGGGAAACAUGAACCUAAGCG